AUGUUCUCAGCCCGGCCCCGGGAAGAGAUAGCCAACGAGAGGGCCUACCUCGAGCUCGGUCUCGAGACCCAAUACUUGAAAAAGCUGUCCGUAUACCAGGAGUAUGCUGCGACGGAAGCGGAACUACAGACGGUAGAGACCAAACAGCGGAGGCGUAGCUUGAGGAAACGUCUCAGCGCCCUCCGGAGCCAGCGCUACGGCAUAGAGAACCAGGAAAUAGCCCUCGAGGCAGGAUUGUGCAAGCUGCGAAUCGAGAUGCGCAACCACCUUGCCUGGGACCUGGCUCGGACCCAGAGCUGCUGCCCCUCGCCUGUAUGGGACCCGCCUCGUCCUGAUACACCCCUUGACGCCACAUCACCCCCGUUCGUGCCCCGAUGGGGGUUCUUCAGUGAUUGGAAGGACGCGGGCAAACUCGAGAAGGUUGACGAGACUGGCGAGGAGUCUGGUAAUGAAUGCUUGGAUAGAGGGAUGGACCAAGGAUCCGAGAGGUGUGCGAGCCCGUCGGCUCAAGUAUCAAGCAUGCCAGACGCAGAUGAGGACACCGAAGAACCAUCGAGACGAAGGUCGUUUGAUGAUGGGACAUUGGGCCUCACGGAGAGGAGGUUAAGCCUCCCCUACAUCCCUACUGAGUGGAAUUAG